AUGGAAAGAAAAAAAGAACGUAGCGGUGCCGCAAAGCGGAAACGACGUCAAGAAAGGGAAGAAAGUAAAAAAAAAUUUGUCAAGCUAGACAGCUUUUUCACGAAACCGCUUUCUGCUACAGUUCCUUCAACAGCUGAAAUAUCGGUCAAAAGUGACAAGUGUUCAUUUAUUGAUAACGUGGGUACAGCUGUGUUAAUUAAUAAAGCGACUCGAGUAGAUCAGGAAUAUCAGGAUCCAAUAACUACCACCAAUGCCACUGCUGAAAAUGACUACCUCGACGCUUCCGUGCAACCUACAUUAGAAGAAUCAUCCAUUUCUACGUCUUCAAAAGUUCUUGAAAUUUCAAAUGACUUGGGAAAGUACAUGAACAAGAAAUUGAACGAUAACGAAAAACGGCUGAUUUUUGACAAAGGACCUUUGAAACCUCCGGGACCUUUUCCGAAGGACCCCCACCAAGAUAACAGGAGCUUUUCGGAAACGUAUUACGUUCCUACGUCACAAUACGGUCCAGUUGAUCGUUUUUGGAUAUGCUACUCGAAAAUGCUGGAUGCUGCCUACUGCCAACCGUGUUGGUUGUUUGCUUCGCAAAUAAAUGCAUGGUGCACAGGCAUUCGGGACUCGAGGCAUUUAUCAGAUGAAGUUAAGCAACAUGGUUCCUAG